UCCGUCCUCACUGAGUCCCAGCCAGGAUCCUCCAUCCACUUCCAUUACGUUCCUCAUCUUACAGCAGCCUGGAUCAGUUUCCUGACAGCCGAGUAUCAGCCGGCAGAGUUCACACCGGCUGCCCUGCUCACACUGCCACACAGCCACACAGCAACAAUGGCGAAGUUCCUGACACAGGAUCAGAUUAAUGAGUUUAAGGAGUGCUUUUCUCUGUACGACCGCCAGCGGAAGGGGAAGAUCGAAGCCCGGGAGCUGAUCACAGUGAUGCGAUGCCUCGGGUCGAACCCCACCCCAUCUGAGGUGCAGCGACACCUGCUGAACCACACCACAGAUUGGGGCGGAGAGCUGGACUUCUCCACCUUCCUGAGCAUCAUGCACCGGCAGCUCCAACAGGAGGCGCCGCAGGACGAGAUCCUGGAGGCCAUGAGGAUGGCCGACAAAGAGCAGAAAGGAUACAUCCUCGCCUCAGAGCUGCGGGCCAAACUCACCGGGCUGGGAGAGAAGCUGACUCAUCGAGAGGUGGACGAGCUGCUGAAGGAGGCGGGUGUUGGAACUGACGGGCGGGUCCACUGUGAGCAGUUUGCUAAAGCGGUGACUCGCUCCCCUGCAAAGCGCUGAUGUCACAAACAACAUCAUCACCGAGCUGCUACUCAACCCUUUCUAGUGCAGCAAGAGAAAGACGUCAAUUACGAUUUUGUUUGGUUAAAGUGGCUAUAUGUAACUUUCAGUUUGUAAUAGUUUUUAUUACGUUGGAAUGUUGCCUUAGGCCUAUGUGUUUCAAGCCUGCUACUGAUUGAUUGGCUGAAGUGUAAGUAGGGGAAGGCUGUGAGUUGUGUUCAUACCUAAAUAUGUAGUCCUAAAUUUUAUUUUGUGUGUGUGUAAAACAAAUUUCCGAACUCUGGGAUAAUAAAGUAUACUUUUGAUUUUC